AUGAGUUCGGCCACGAUUCCAAGUGACGCGCCGGCGCACUGUCCCGGAACGGAGAGUUCCGACGCCGGUAAAGCCUCGGCGUGUGCCGGGUGUCCAAACCAGCAGGUUUGCGCCACCGGUCCGAAAGGUCCCGAUCCGGCGAUAGCGUUGGUACGCGAGAAGUUGACCGAUGUGCGCAACAAACUGCUCAUCCUGUCCGGUAAGGGUGGUGUGGGAAAGAGCACCGUUACGGCACUGCUUUCACGUGCCAUGGCCCACCGCAGUCCGGACGAGAACUUUGGAGUGCUCGACAUCGACAUCUGCGGUCCGUCGCAACCGCGCGUUCUCGGUGUGCUCGGCGAGCAGGUGCACCAGUCCGGGUCCGGUUGGUCCCCGGUCUACAUCGAGGACAAUCUGAGCCUGAUGUCGAUCGGCUUUCUGCUCGGCAGCCCGGACGAUGCGAUUAUUUGGCGCGGCCCGAAGAAGAACGGCAUGAUCCGACAGUUCCUUACCGAGGUCGACUGGGGCCAGCUCGAUUACCUGCUGCUCGAUACGCCGCCCGGAACGUCUGACGAGCACCUGUCGGCGACCACCUUUCUCCGGGGAACGGAAGGACGCUGGGGAGCGCUGCUGGUCACCACGCCGCAGGAAGUGGCCCUACUGGACGUGCGGAAGGAAAUUUCGUUCUGCAAAAAGCUUACCAUUCCGAUUGUCGGUGUGAUCGAGAAUAUGGCAGGUUUCGUGUGCCCAAAGUGUACGGGACAAUCGAUGAUCUUCCCAGCGCGUACGAACACCGACGGGGUCGGUGGUGCGGAACAGAUGUGCCUGGAAAUGGAAGUGCCGUACCUUGGCCAGCUACCACUCGAUCCACGAUUGACGAAGUGCUGCGACGAGGGCAAGGAUUUUAUCAGCGAGUUUCCCACGAGUCCCACUGUCACGGCGCUCGAGGGCGUUGUGAUGAAGGUGCGCCACUUUUUUGAACAGAAUUCCGCAGAAAAUCAACAAUAAAUGGAGAGUCGA